ACAGCUGAAUUGGUUUUGUUGUCCUCUGGUCACUUCGUGACAAAAAGAAAGCAAAAACAAAAUAACGCAAUCUUAUGAGCAUACGUACAGUCACGUUUACUUUUAGUUAUGUUCGAAAAGUCAUCAUUGGAGCCUCGGGAUAAAUUUGAUUUGUGUACUUCCUCGUCGGGACAUCGAUGACGAUACAUAUAACGCUGACGUCGUUUUCGUUAUCGAUAUACUGUCGAGGCCUGUGUCAUAUCGCCGUGUUGUUUUCUUUUAUUUUGGUUUAUUUUUGUUCAAUAAUCGUGGAAUUAUCGUGCUACAGCGCAGUUACAAGCUUUAACUUUAGCCCGUUUUAACGAAAUACAUGACACUAAUUCUUAUAUACAUUAUACAUUCGUAUAUAUAAAACAAUAACAUCAAGUUUUCACGAAGAUGAUCAUCUGGCAAAUUGAUCGUAUGAACAUCGAAAUUCAUUAAAUGAAAAAAUAACAGACGAAUAUCCGGGACAUAGAAAAAAUUAUAGUGAUUUCAAAAAUGGACAACCUGACCGGAAUCCUCGGUGCUAUUUGCCGAGGUUUCGUGGACAGUCUCAAAGGCGGCGUUGUGCUUUUUUAUAUGGAUAAAGAAAUUAAUGAUAAAUUGAUGAGAAACUCACCAGCUAAAAGUGAACAUCGAAGACGAGAAACUAGUAGCAAUCAAAGUCCAAAUAAAGCAUCUAAGGGGCAUCGGGAAUCAAAAAUAUUAAAACGCACAAUACAGUGCUGUGCGCUCAAUGGUGGAGUCUUUUGGGCCAGUAUAUUGAUAUUCGAAUGUGGGCUUUUGCCUUUUCUGAAAUAUCUGCUGAGUAUAUUGUUUGGUGAUUCACCUGGAAUGGGACUUACACUAUGGUCUUGGAUCAAACCAUGUCUUUCCCUUACUUUUGGAACUGUUUGGGUAUUACCACUGUUCGUACUCAGUAGGAUAGUCAAUAGCUUGUGGUUUCAGGAUAUAGCAGACAGCGCAUAUAGAUACAGACAGGGACGGCCUUUGUCGCUGUCCAGCGUGAGCAAACUUGUAGCAGACACUUUGUGCGGUGUCCUCGUCCAGGCUCUUUUCCUUGGUCAGGGAAUGCUGGUAUCAAGAAUACCACUACCGCCCAUUGGAGAAGCAUUGGCUCUCAUUCAUAUGUGUUUUCUCUAUGCUCUUUAUUCUUUCGAGUACAAAUGGUUCAAUAUGGGAUGGGAAUUGCACAGGAGGCUCACAUUCAUCGAAGGCAAUUGGCCAUAUUUUGUUGGUUUUGGUUUGCCACUCGCCAUUCUCACACAGUUACCAAGCUCCUACGUUGUCAGUGGUUGUGUUUAUUCGAUCCUGUUUCCGCUUUUUAUCGUCAGCGGAAACGAGGCCGAACCCGUCACUGGUGUUUGCGACUGUCCAUUGAAACUUUUCUCACCAGUCAUCGCGAUAGCUAAUACUCUUUUCAACAAGACCAUUGGUCCGUCAACGCGACGGUGACAUCCGGAGCUGCGCGUCUACAAGGCCAACGAUAGAGGAACUUGAAAAGAUGUGUGAGGUAGUUUUUGCGAAUUUUGUCGAAACGAAUGAGCAUUAUUCGUGAAUCGUAAUAGGUCUAUUUAAUUUUCAUCGUGUGGUCAAUCGCGAACGUUCACGAUUUGCUUAAACUAGUAAAAAAUUGAAAUGUCUUUCACCGGAAUUCUGGUACGUCCAACCGACUGAAUCAUUGUCACAAUUUAUAUUUUCUACAGGAUGUAACGACGUAUCGACGGUGAAAAAUCAGUUGCCACAAUAUUAUGCUCAUGAAUUAUUUUAUGUGUACCGGAAUAUAUUUUUUUCAUUUCUGCACUUUUGUUCUACCGCUCUAAACACACUUUGUCGGUUUUAGCUGUUUUUAAAGCAAGUGAGAUAUUGUCUGUCUAGAAAAUAACCGUAACUUUGUAUAGUGAACUGGCAAAUGGAACUGGCUCAUUCAAUUUUGCAUGAGCUAUUGUAAAAAUGCAGCAUUCAUUUGAUUACUGCGAAUGACGGCAUAUCCUAUAACAAAAAAUCACUUUAUAAAAAAAUUGAUAGAAAUUUUGAAGGAUUUGUUGGGAGCAAACCAACGAUUUUCGUUAUGUUAACUUUGAUUUUUGUACAUUUUUUAAAAAUUCACAUUGCGAAAAUAAUCCAGUAUAGCAAUGACCGUAGACGUAACUUUCACUCCGAUUUUUUAUAAGUGUGGUACGAUUCUUAAGUUCUGCUACGAUUCCGUAGAAUACCACUUAGAAUGACUCUCGACUGGUCAAACGAUUCUCUUACGCUAAUAAUGACAAGUAUACUAAAAGUUGAAAUAAAAGAAAAGUAUAAAUUCGAGGAAGAGUGACAAAUUUGUUUUUUAAUUGACACUAUUUAAAGUCUCAAGCAUUUAUAAAUUUUAGGGAUUUGGAAAAUGGCAAUAUUGCAGGAAUGUUUUUAAAUCUGAAAUUUGAUAUUUUUCGUAAUUUAUGUUUGACAUUUCGUAAUGCUGGAUAGAAUAUCGACUGGGUUGCCUUACGAGUGCGUGAGAGAUGACAAGUGUUUUUGCGUUUCGAAGAAGGUAGUCCAUGAUAUUUGUUCGAAAUCUGUACAGGAAAAACUUGGACGAGAGCUUCGUACCGACUGAACGUUUUUCACAUCGCUUCAGGAGAAAAAUAAGAGAUUACAUGCGAAGAAAAUCUCUCAAAAGUUGGCGCAAUAUUAAAAAUAGUAAACGGGCGAGAUUAAGAGAAACAGAACCUCGCAAUAUGUGAUAUACGCUCUUUUAAGCAAAAAGCCUUCGGAUCACACUUGCAUCGACAUUGUAUAUUACGCUACGUUAUGCCUAAUGCUUAAAUAGGAUGUAAGUUUGGAAAUCAAAUGGACCGAUUAAAGACAGUGCACCUUCAUAAACCGUAUAUACACAAACAAGCGAUAUAUAGAGGCACUGAAAUAUUGUAAAUACGUAAUUCUAGUAUGAAAAUGAAUGUUCUUUUUUAUGCGACAGCUUUUUACACGAUAUAUAUGGGUUCAGAAAACGUGUCAAAAACAAAUUCAACGGUGUUUGUACAAACGAGCUCGUUUUAACGAUUUAUCUGCGGUGGCGAAUUUCAUGUUGAUAGAGCGAUUUUCAAGGAUUGUUUACAUUUUUACAAUAAAUGAUUUUUUUUUUCGUUCAGAUAUAA